AUGGAAGUGCAACUCAUUUCCCAAGUGAUUGUAAAACCUUCUUCUCCUACACCAAGCCAUCUCAAAAUCUUCAAGCUUUCUUUGUUGGACCAGCUCAUUCCUGCUCCCUAUGCACCAAUAGUCCUAUUUUAUCCCAACUACAAUGGUGCGAGUUAUCCUCAAAUCCUCAAAAGGGUCGAAAAGCUUGAGCAAUCAUUGUCGAAAACCUUAGCUAGCUUUUACCCUCUUGCUGGAACAAUCCAAGAUGAUUUAUCCAUCGAAUGCAACGAUAAGGGGGCUUAUUUUGCUACUACCAAAGUUGAUUGUCAUCUGUUCCAAUUCUUGAGUAAACCUGACCUUCAGUUGAUAUGCAAAUUUCUGCCUUGUGAUGUUGGUUCUGUUGGACCGAUGGCAGGAACUCGCGUGACUAAUAUCCAAGUAAACGUUUUUGAAUGUGGCGGAAUCGCAAUUGGUCUUUGUAUUUCCCACAGAAUUCUAGAUGGAGCAGCAUUGAAAUCUUUUUUGAAGAGUUGGGCCGCGACGGCCACUGGAGCAGAGGAAAAUGCUGGCCCCAAUUUUAUAGCCUCAUCUCUUUUCCCUGCAACUGAUUUUUGGCUCAAAGACUCUGCACUGGCGAUGUGGGGGGCAUCAUUCAAGGUAGGAAGGUCUGUUACAAAGAGAUUCGUCUUCGAUGCUGCAUCAAUAGCUUCCCUGAGAGCCAUGGCAACGAGCUCAGGUGCUCGAUGCCUGACUCGGGUGGAAGCAAUCUCUGCUUUCCUCUGGAAAUGCAGCAUGGCUGCCUCGGAAGCCAAUUCUGGUUACAGAAAAUCUUCUAUGCUUACGCACGUCGUGAAUCUUCGACGCAGAGCAGCUCCAACACUCUCGGAACAUUCAAUUGGAAACCUCAUCUGGAUAUCAGGCGCAAGAUGCCUGGUGAACCAAGACAAGGGAAUGCCUGCCCUGGCAGAUCAAAUCCAGUAUUCCAUAUCAAAAAUCGACAGUGACUAUGUCAAGAAGAUGCACGGGAAUGAAGGACCAGCCCUUAUGCGGAAAUCCCUGAAAGAGAUCGGAGAGUUUGGGUCCAAAGAAGCAGCGGUGGACUAUCUCGGGUUCAGCAGUUGGUGUGGAUUCGGUUUCUAUGAAAUCGAUUUUGGCUGGGGAAAGCCUGUUUGGGUCAGUAGCUUUGCAGUAAAUGCUCCAGUGUUCAUGAAUCUUAUCAUUCUGAUGGAAACCAGAUUAGGCGAUGGAAUUGAAGCAUGGGUGACUCUGGAUCAACAAGAGAUGGAUAUCAUGGAACAUGAUCAAGAGCUCAUGGCUUUCGUUUCAGUGGACCCUAGCCCUCUCUAG